GUGGCUUCCUCCCGGGUGCGGGCGGGCGGUGGGGUGGGUCUCCGCAGCAGUCCCAGGGUGCCACGCCAUGUCUGCCGGCUGGUUCCGGCGCCGUUUCCUGCCCAGGGAUCCACUCCCCGCGCCGCGUCCAUCCGGGCCGCACUCUAGCCCGGUGCCCUAUCGCCGGCCCCGCUUCCUGCGCGGGUCCAGCCCCGGCGCUGCAGACGCCUCGCGCCGCCCGGAUGCGCGGCCGGUGCGCAGCCCAGCGCGGGGCCACGCGCUGCCGUGGAACGCGGGCUAUGCCGAAGUCAUCAAUGCAGAGAAAUCCGAGUUUAAUGAAGAUCAGGCUGCCUGUGGGAAGCUAUGUAUUCGGCGAUGUGAGUUUGGACUUGAAGAAGAUAAAGAGUGGCUGACAGUGUGCCCAGAGGAGUUCCUGACAGGUCAUUACUGGGCUCUGUUUGAUGGGCACGGCGGUCCUGCAGCAGCCAUUCUGGCUGCUAACACCCUGCACUCCUGUCUGCGCCGGCAGCUGGAGGCUGUGGUAGAAGGUGUAGUGGCCGCUCAGCCCCCGAUGCACCUCAGUGGCUGCUGCGUCUGUCCCAGUGACCCCCAGUUUGUGGAGGAAAAGGGCAUCCGGGCAGAAGACCUGGUGAUCGGGGCUCUGGAGAGUGCCUUCCAGGAAUGUGAUGACGUGAUUGGGAGGGAACUGGAGGCCUCAGGCCAGGCAGGUGGCUGCACAGCCCUAGUGGCUGUGGCCCUUCAGGGAAAACUGUAUGUGGCCAAUGCUGGCGAUAGCAGGGCUAUCUUGGUACGGAGGGAUGAGAUACGGCCACUGAGCUCUGAGUUCACCCCAGAGACAGAACGGCAACGGAUCCAGCAGCUGGCCUUUGUCUACCCUGAGCUUCUGGCUGGUGAGUUUACCCGACUAGAGUUCCCACGUCGGCUGAAGGGGGAUGACUUGGGGCAGAAGGUUUUGUUCAGAGACCACCACAUGAGCGGCUGGAGCUACAAAUGGGUGGAAAAAUCAGAUCUCAAGUAUCCACUGAUCCAUGGACAGGGUCGGCAGGCUCGGUUACUGGGAACACUGGCUGUCUCCCGAGGCCUGGGAGACCAUCAGCUCAGAGUUCUUGACACGAACAUCCAGCUCAAGCCCUUCUUGCUCUCCAUUCCACAGGUGACUGUACUGGAUGUGGACCAGCUGGCACUGCAGGAGGAGGAUGUGGUUGUUAUGGCAACUGAUGGGCUCUGGGAUGUCCUGUCCAAUGAGCAGGUGGCCCGGCUUGUACGGAGCUUCCUCCCAGGGAACCGAGGGGACCCACACAGGGUGGUCUUCACAGGUUCUCGGAGCUGGCCAAAAUGCUGAUAUCCAAUACACAGGGGAAGGAGGAUGGUGCCACCGAAGAGCAGGUGUCCUACGACGAUGUCUCUGUGUUCGUGAUUCCUCUGCACAGUCAGGGCCAAGGGGGCAGUGACCACUGAGGAUUCGGAUACUGCAUCCCAGAGCCUCUCCAAGGCUGAUGUAGUCUGGGUAUACCUCCAUUAUGGCCAGCAGCACGCCCUGCCUGUCCUGUCCCCAGCUAGCCAUAGCCCAACACCCUAACAGCCUUCCACCCUAAUUCAUCUAUUUCAAAGAGAGUAGCAGAAGGAAGGAUGCAGAGACCCAGUCUACCAUGUCCUGCCUUCUGUGAUGGUAACACUUCUCUCGCAGAAGCACUUUCUUUAUAAGGUAUAGAACAAGUGUUGGCUCUUCAGACAGGAUCCUCAGCAGCCUAAAGGGUAAAGGGUAUUAAAGAGGAGCAAGCAGUUCCAAACUUCCAUCCAUGCAAGGUGUCUUGUAGAAACCUUUGGGUAGCCUCAUGCCUGCUGGAGCAGCCAUCUUAGACAGCUCCUGAGAACAGGUCCUGUCCUGCCCUCCUCUGCCACUGGAGGGCACAGACCCCAGAUAAAGUUGGAAGAGCAUAAAGGGGUAAGAGAAGUUUCCAGAGUUGACUGGGCUGAGUGCUUGUCACUGCAUGUAGCUUGGCCACCAACCUGGUUGCUUUUCCCUGGACUGUUUCGUUGUUCCCCAGUAAUUUAUACUUGGCUUAUGCCAAAUACAACCCAGCCAGCCAGUUCUAACCUUGCACUUUCUGUGGCCUUUCAUUGUCCUCACUACUUCUGACGCCCUCCUGCCCACUCUACCCUGCCUGCCUUCCAAGGGUUCACUCACCUGUUGCCACCAGCAUCGGCCUUAUGCAGCUUUCCCUGCAGGGACACAGCCAACACCUAUUACUAAAUAUUUGUAUGCAGAAGAUCCCAUGUGAAUCAUGAGUUGUUUGUUUAGGUUGGACUGACACCUUUUGCUGUUUCUUGCAGUCUUUUCAGUGAUUCCUUUUAGUUCUACUGUGCAAACUUGCAUAUAAUCAGGACUGUUUCCUCUGGCCAGACCCUUACUGUUGCCAGAGAAAAACACCUUUAUAUAUUUUGUUUCGCUUUUUUUUUUUUUUCGGUAUUU